AUGAUUCCUACAGUUGGCGCCUCAUUUAAUCCGUCCGGCGCUCUGACACUAAGACACCCUGAUUUGAGUCUGGGUAACAUUUUAUUGGCACCUGGGUCCACCAAAAUUGUCAGUAUCAUUGAUUGGCAGGAUGCCGUGAUAUUCCCGCGCUUCAUGCAAGCAGGUUAUCCCGUGUUUUGUGAGCACGACUUCUCCCAGUCUCAAAGUCUGCAAAUUCCAUCUCUUCCUGAUCAUUUUGAUGAGAUGGGUAUCGACGAACAGAGACAAUCCAGAGCCAUUUUUCGCUUAGAAGAGGCCAACCUCUACUACACAGCCGCGACAGGUGUACACAAUGACCAACACAUGGAUGUUUUAAAACUUCCUCAUCUUGGAAUGCUACAGUAUCUCCUUCGCCAGACAGGGUACCCUUGGGACGCAGACGUAAUUAACCUACGUGCUGCAUUAGUAGGAAUCACGACUCCGUCGGUAUGGAGCAAAAUCUCCUUGGCAGUUUGUCCAGUUGUGUUUAGCGAUGAAGAACGAGAGGCUGCUAUAGCGGAAUCGCAGGAAUGGAACGAGUCCGAACAGCUAUUAUCCUGGGUUAGAGAGCACCUCAAUGUCGACCUGGAAGGCGGGACCGACCUGGACAACUUUGAGAGGGCAGUGGAGGGCAAUUGCCAGUUUCGAAUGGAAAUGGUUAGGCAAGCAGAGGCGGACCAACAGGAGAUCUGUUGGUGUAAUUGGCCGUAUAAGGAUAAAGAGGACAAUAGCAUGCCUCAAGUGAUAAAUGGUGUGCUGUAA